UUUGUAAGUACUGCACAAUUAUCUUUUACUGCGUUGAACCCCUGCUUCUUUGUAUCCCGCCAGUGCUCGGUCCGAACCCAACGGACCAACCAACAAAUACAGUCCACUCGCUGGCUACAUUUUUGGUCCUUUGUCGAGCCGGAUUGGGUUAUAAUACGAAGAUGCCAACUACAAGAUCGGGUUCGACGCAGUUUAAGACUGCAGGAAAUAGUUCGUCGUCGGACUGGAGUAUGCACACUCCGAGCGAUACUGCAAGCUCCGCCGCUACGAGUAUCGCAAGUAGGUCGACGCUCACGAAGAGGACGCCGACAACAAGUCCGAAAGGAAGCCGGGCCCCCGUACCCCAGUCCAAGGACGCCGCCAGGAGGGAAUCAACGUCAGCAGAGGCGGUGCGCCCCGCCCCCCUGACACACGCCGCCGCGAAAGAAGUUGAAGACUCAAACCCCGAACGUCAAGAAGGCAGUCAUACCACGCUACAGAAUCCAAAUCGAAGCGUUGGAAUCAGGACGUCGUCGAGAGAAGGGACUCUGCAGCAGCCUGAUCCUGGGAACCCGGCCCGGGACAGGGACACAAUGUCUGCUCGCUCUUCGCAUAGGAAGAGAGCAGAAGCGCAAGCAAGAUUGACUGUGGCGUUACGGGAGCAAGAAAUGGCGGAAGCACGACUAAGGGUGGCGCAAGCACAACUAGAGCUUGUCGCCGCUGAGUCGGAAGAUGAAGAUGGAGCUGGUGAAGAAAUAUACGAGCGAACUCAUGAAGUGGAACAGUGGUUCAUCCAAACCAGCGCCGAGUCAAGCAAGGAACAGAGGCCGGUCGAGUCACAAGAUAAGAAGAGCGACAUUCAGAAGCUGGCAGAAGCAAUAGGCAAGCUGUCAGGGAAUUCGCGUGACGUCAUCGCGCCGAAGUACAUCGAACUUCCUUACUUCAAUGGAGCCUGUGAAGAAUGGUUGGCGUUCAGAAGGACGUAUGAAGAUACGGCUGCCUCCUUCAGCGCCGCACAGAACCUGGCUCGCCUCAGAAGAGCCGUUCAGGGGAAAGCGAAAGAAGCAGUUCAGAGUUUACUGUUUACCGCUGAGAAGCCACAUGAAGUAAUCAAGGGAUUGGAAUCAAGAUUUGGAAGACCUGGUGCACUGGCUUUAGCUGAGUUGGAAAAACUGAAGAACUUGUCGAAAGUGAGCGAAAGUCCUGGCGAGAUCUGCGUGUUUGCAAGUCGAGUCAAGAACGCCAUCGAAACAAUCAAGGCAUUGAAGAAACCUCAGUACCUCAGCUCGCCUGAAACAUUGAAGGCUAUUGUAGACAAGAUGCCACCUACCAUGAAGUUUCGUUGGUUCGCAUAUCAUAGGGGUCGGAGAGAUGAAGACAUCCAGGAACUUAUACUCAUUGAAGAAUUCCUGGAUAUUGAAGCCGACAUGUGUGGGGACUUUGCCCCGCCUGAAGUUCCAUCUGAUAAGAAGAGUUCAAGAAGACCUGUACACACUGUACAAGAAGAGUCUCAAGAUAAGAAGUUUAAGAAGUCGUGUCCCGUUUGUGAAGAGGAACAUUUUGCAACAGAGUGCAAGAAGUUCAAAGAAGCGUCGAUUGAUAAGAAAUGGGACAUCAUCAAGAAAGCGAAGAUUUGUUUCAAGUGUCUUCGCUUCAAGCACUUAAGAAGCAACUGUAAAGCGCCUGUCUGCAGGAAGUGUCGAAGAUGGCAUCACACUAUCUUACACUCGGACAAGCCAGAAGUACAGAAGUCAAGCAAUAAGGAAGGCGCAUCAGAAGAGAAAGUCGCCUCAGUCCACAACAAUAAGGAUGAAGACAGAGCAUAUUUGAAGAUUGUUCCGGUGCAACUCUACGGGCCCAAGGGACAAGUUCGUGUGCUCGCGUUGUUGGACGAAGGGUCGACCGUCACUCUCUUAGACGCGUCGAUAGCCGAGAAGAUUGGAGCUGCGGGAAGCCGCGAAGCACUCACAAUCGAAACCGUCGGCGGGAAGGUCAUAAGGAAAGAUAGCUCACAGAAGAUAAACUUGAAGAUUAAGGGGGUUCACAGAAGGGAUAAGAAGACUAUCACUGUUAGAACCAUCGACGAUCUGAAGCUAUCUGAACAAAGGGUCAACAGGAGCACUGUAAAGAAUUGCCUACACUUGAAGACAAUUAAAAGGCAGUUGCUCUACGAUGCAGAGCGACCGAAGUUGUUGAUUGGGCAAGAUAAUUGGGGACUCAUAGUCACAAGAAGACUGAAGAAGGGCAAGCCAACUGAACCCGUAGCCUCACUCACACACUUAGGGUGGGUGCUACAUGGGUGUGAAACCGGAUCGAACGCCGUAGUCAACUUCACGCACUACGGCAGGGCAACGUCAGAAGGUGAAGACAUUGAAGAAGUCGUCCGGGAACAUUUUCAGUUAGAGUCUCUGGGGAUUCAAAAUCGACUGCCAUCAAACGACAGCGAUAGAAGAGCAUUGGAAACCUUAGAGAAAACAACGAAGCGACUACCAAGCGGUCAAUUUGAAGCAGGCCUCUUGUGGAAGAAGGAAGGCGAGACCCUACCCAAUAACUACAAUCAAGCGUUUCGUCGCCUGGUCAACAUAGAAAAGAAGCUGGAUCGUGAAGAAGAUGUCAAGGAAUAUUAUGAGAAGCAGAUCCAGACUUUAAUAGAAAAUGGUUACGCAGAGAAGGCCCCCGUAAGAACCACUAAGGGGAAAACAUUCUACUUACCUCACUUCGCCGUCGUACACCCGGUCAAGAGGAAGCCAAGAAUUGUUUUCGACGCAGCAGCCAAGUAUGAAGGAAGAAGCCUCAACGACGCAUUGCUAGCAGGACCUGACUUGCUGCAGUCGCUAUUUGGGGUGCUACUGCGCUUUAGAGAAGGCCCAGUAGCAGUCAUGGCUGACAUACAAGACAUGUUUCUUCGUGUCAAAGUAAAGGAAGAUGACCGGGAUUGUUUAAGGUUCCUCUGGAGAGGAAGCAGAGGAACAGGCAAACCGGAAGAGUACAGGAUGUCGUCGAUAAUAUUUGGAGCAGCGUCAUCACCUGCGACAGCUAUAUACGUGAUGAAUAAGAACGCAGAAGACUUCAAGAUCACGCACCCUGAAGCUGUGAAUGCCAUAAGAAGCUAUCAUGAGAAGUUUCUACACGGUAACACAGCGACCGUGAUGAACGAGGUCCGACAGAAGUAUUGGAUUCUCGGUUUAAGGGCAACAUUGAAGGCAGUAGCACACGGCUGCCAAUGGUGCAAACUAAGGAAGAGUACACCCGCCAUACCGCCGGCGGGCGACCUGCCGAGCGAGCGGCUGCAACAUCAUCAGUUCCCGUUCGCUUGUACGGCAGUCGACUAUUUCGGGCCGAUGCAAGUAACGAUCGGCAGGAGAGUCGAGAAGCGGUGGGUGGCAUUGUUCACCUGCCUCACCACCAGGGCUGUUCACCUGGAGUUGGCGCCAUCUCUCAGUGCCAGCUCCAUGAUUAUGGCCCUGCGACGGAUGGCGGCAAGAAGAGGGACUCCAAGAACGUUGUUCAGCGACAACGGCACGAACUUCGUCGGGGCGAACAAAGAAUUGGAGGCGGCCGCACUUAAAAAGGGAAUCAAGUGGAAGUUUAUUCCCCCGGGCAGCCCAAACAUGGGAGGCGCCUGGGAGAGGCUCGUGCGCACCGUGAAGACGGCGUUGGCGGUGGUGCUCAACGAAAGGAGCCCACCAGAAGAGGUGCUCCACACGCUGAUGACUGAGGUCGAACACAUCGUGAACUCAAGACCUCUCACCCCAGUCAGCAUGGACCCCAACGAUGCAGAAAGUUUGACCCCAAAUCACUUCCUGCUGGGGAGAUCGUGCGGAGCAAUGGCGCCGGGAGAGUUCAAGGACACCGAGCUGGUCGGCAAAGCAACCUGGAGAACAGCGCAAAGGCUCGCCGACCACUUUUGGAGACGGUGGGUGAAAGAGUACCUGCCGCUCCUCAUGCCGCGGAAAAUCGACGGGCGAACAACCGUCGACCCCAAAGAAGGCGACGUCGUAUUGAUAGUCGACGCCGCGCUACCCCGCAACUCGUGGCCUCGAGGUGAAGUUAUCAAAGUCUACCCCGGGCCAGAUGGAAGAACGAGAGUACUGGACGUGCGGACAUCAGGAGGAGUGCUGCGCCGGCCAACCAGAAGGGUCGUCGUGCUCGUGCCUGCAGCAGCAUCGUCGCAUCCAGAGGACGGCGUGCUACGCACCGCGGGGGAGAAUGUUAGCGACGAUGACAACUACGUACACCUAAAUUAAGUAUGUUAUAGUUUUUGUUUGAUUAACGUUUCAAGUUUC